AUAGUUCAUCACACAUUUCUUUAUUUACAAAUUAUUUAUCGAUUUUACUUUGAAAAAACAAAUGGAUGUCCUCAUUGAAUGAUGAGAAGAUACACAGCUCACAGGUAACUGAAAGCUAUAGUGGACCUCAGUCAUAAUGUAUCAUCAUGACAUGACAUGGUAUUCAACAUGAUUGCAGUUUCAUUGUGUUGCGAACAGCAGGCUGAAGUAUUGUUUUCAUCUGGAAGUUUCUCUCAGUGGCCUGAUUUCGAGAUAAACAAACAGUCGACAGGAAGUGGUGUGUAGGUUGCGGCGGCGUACGUGGAUAUUCUUAAACUCGAUUGUUACAAUUCAAGGAGUCUAUGCUUACAGAGACACAAGGCUACACUUAAUUGUUUGAUAGACCGUAAAUAGAGUUUUUUUCUCCAAAUUAAUCCCAGACCUUCAAGUACUGAAGAUAGUGUAGAGUGGUCAAAUAGGAUCAGGGAUGUUGGAAUAAUUAGGGAAUAUUUAAUUAUUCAUCAUUAAGUGCCUUAAAUUAUUGAUUAGAGGGGAGGGGGACUUCUAGUCUUAAAGAAAAAUACAUGCUUACGUUUUUUAUAAAGUAUUUACUCUGAGCUGUAACUCGCUGUGGCUUAAAAAAAUACACACAAGCACACGCCUACCAAUUGUUGUCUACAAGGUGUUUUCAGUUCACUUGAACAUCCUGUACGACAAAGAAAAAAACGUCCUUUGUUCUCAAAAUAGGCCACUCCCCCUCCUUCCUCUGAGCUUCGGAGUGAUAGGCCGAACCGGAGACUGAACAAGCAUCAUAGCUGGCUGCUCAAAGUAUAAAGGAUUGGCCUAUACCUCAUCAGCGUUUAGCAGGUGAAUAUCUACACUGACAAGAACAGAAAGAGAGAGAGGGAAAGAUGCCCUUGUGGGUCACCUGGAUUCUGCUCCCACUCAUAGUACGAGCUCAGAGUGGGGAUGCGGAGGAAACGCAGAAAGAAGAUAUUAAAUUAUUCUGCACAUCCCACAUCGGUGUUAGAGAGAACAGCAUUUUAACAUGCAACCUGGUGGAUAGAAAGCGAUAUAUUGAAGAUGAUGAAGAUGAAGAGGACAGCAUAAAGAGCAUCACUGUUUGCAAAUCUUUUCCUCCAAGCUGUUGUAAGAAGAUGGGGAACAACAUGACAAUAACCUGGAUCCCGCUAACAUACAAUUAUACCUUCAAGCUGAGGAGUGGCGUUGUCUUCAGCAGAGUGAUAGACCUUCGGCAAAUAAUCAAACCAAAAAGUCCUUCUGUGACGAGUGCUGUUUUUCAACCUGAGAGCAACCAAGCUAUGAUCUACAUUAAGACUCCUUAUGACAAGGAUUUCCUCAAAACCAGUAAUCAACUCUUUCAAUACUACAUUUGGCGUGCAGCGGGCAGCGAAUUGACAAGGAACGUGACGGGGGAAGAGUCCCUGGUCAUCGCAGUGGAGCACCUCACCGAAGGAACUACGUAUCAAGUCAAGGUCCGAGCCAUCCCAUUCGACCUGUAUGGGGGCAGUUGGAGUGACUGGAGCAACACUGUUGAAUUUUACAUCAACUCUACUACAAAAGAGAUAGGAGAGGGGAGUGCCGAAUUUCUGCGUCAGAUGAUCACUGUGGGGAUUGUUUCCGGGAUUUUGGUCAUCGCCAUCUUCUGUGCGAUUUGUGUCACGAGAAAAAACAUCCACCAUAAGAUACGCGCGUACACCAGUUACACGCACGUACCAAGAAUUCCAUCAACCCUGUCGCCGAUUUACAAGCAGGUCAAACUGGGCUUCGCGAUGACCUUAGAACCCGAACAGUUCAGUCACAUGAACGUUCAGCCGAUGAAGAAGACGGAGGAGAGACCCGGCGAAUCGCAGGCCGCGACCGCCGAGCCCACCGCCCAGCGGGAGGACAGCGGCUUCGGGUUGGACCAGGAGCUCUCCACGUUGGGGAUGCGAUGGAGGUCGGCCAGCGACACCAGCGGCUUCACCGGGGAGUCUGCCUCCACUGCCCUCAGCGAGAGCUCUGAGGAGGAAACCUACUCCCGGCCAAACAACAGAAGUCCCUCCCCUUCGAUGGGAAUGCACGCCGCUGAAGGAAGACGGGACGCCCCGGAGUCUUCUGGUGACGGCCAGAGAGAUGCCAGCCCCGAGGUGAACGGACCCACCCAGCCCUGUAGGGACGCGGUCUAUGUCACCAUGUCCAGCUUCUAUUAUCACAAUGACCAGAGAAGUCAAUCCGACUCUGUAGUCACUGAGUAGAGCCAUUGGCGCAAUUACUCAAUUUUCCACACCGACACCCCCUGACCAAAACAUAAACCAUUGACAUUGAAGGUAACUGUGUGAGUAUGAGAGGGAGAAUUGUGUUUUUUUUUGGUUUAUUUUGAAAGAUAUAUUUUUUUUAAGAGAGUAAGUGAUUUGAUUGGUUUUGAGCACUUCAAACAACAACGUGGUAAACAUACAAGCAGCCACUAGAGAGUUUGGGGCAAUGCCAGCAUAAUGCAUUGUCAAAUGUGACUCAUCAGGUCGUGUCUGGCUGGUUCGUCCCGAGGCUAGAAGGUUUUAAUUAUUAAGUUGUGACUUGGUCGUAAAUAAUACGUCUGAGAAUGUUUUUCUUUGUACUUCACUGUUCCAUGGGUCAUACGCCCCAGGGAGAUGUUGCUCAAAAUGCUGCUGCCUGUAAUCAAUACAUGAUGUGUUUAAAGUAAGAACUAUAUGUAUAGUAUAGCCUGCCUAUUGUAUUCUAUUGAUAGGGUAUUGCUGCUUUUACAAAAUACAUCUGUCGAUAUUAAGAUAUGUACAGCUUCAGAUAAUUUUAAUGAUAUGAUUGUAUUCUUCUCUUUUACAAUAAACCAUCAAAUACA